AUGGAACUCACGGCGGCGGCGAUUUGUGCGACGGUGGCGCUUUCCUUUUUGUUUCUGCCUCCCACCGCCGUCGCUUCUGCUGAGAACUCCCGGAGCCUCCGGCGAAAGCCGCCCACGUCAGGCCUUUGCGACGGCGUCAUCGGGGCUGUCGGAUUCCCUUGCACCGAACACACUACUCAAACGAAAGAUGGGUUCGUCUUGGGGCUUCAACGUGUAUCAUCUCCUUCUCGUGUUGUGCUGAAGAGAGGCUCCCCUGUUCUGCUAAUUCAUGGGCUUUUUAUGGCUGGUGAUUCAUGGUUCAUGAAUUUACCAAACCAGUCAUUGGGUUUUAUCCUUGCCGACCAGGGGUUUGAUGUUUGGGUUGGUAAUGUACGUGGGACUCGUUGGAGUCAUGGUCAUGUAUCUCUAUCAGAGAGAGAGAAGAAAUUCUGGGAUUGGAGCUGGCAAGAGCUCGCUCUCUACGAUCUGGGAGAAAUGAUUCGUUACGUAUAUUCAGAGACAAGCUCUAAAGUUCUUGUUGUGGGACAUUCACAGGGAACUAUCAUGUCUCUGGCUGCAUUUACUCAAUCAGAUAUAGUUAAAAUGGUUAAAGCUGCUGCCCUUCUAUGUCCUAUAUCAUACUUGGAACAUGUCACUGCUCCGUUUGUUCUUAGACUAGUCAAAAUGCAUCUUGAUGAGGCGAUUCUUGCUAUGGGCAUUCAUGAACUCAAUUUCAAAAGUGACUUGGGCACUCGUGUUAUGGAUAUGAUGUGUGAUGGACACUUGGAUUGUGAUGACAUGCUUUAUUCUAUCACAGUGAUCCGUAAAGGUACUUUCGCUAUGUAUGACUAUGGAAUGUGGAAAAAUCUGUUUUACUACAGCCAAACACAGCCUCCGACUUUUGAUCUCAGCUCGAUUCCAAGUUCAUUGCCGAUAUGGAUGGGUUAUGGGGGCAAUGAUGCAUUAGCAGAUGUCCAAGACGUGCAUCAUACACUCAGGAAGUUACCAUCGCAACCCAAUCUUCUUUAUCUCGAAAAUUAUGGUCAUAUUGAUUUCCUUUUGAGCGUGAAAUCGAAGGAAGAUGUUUAUGACAAUAUGCUUGCAUUUUUCAGCUCCUUGGGAAGUUCUAGCAGUUAUUAA